AUCACCCUGGACGAAGAUCAAAGCCAGAACAUUUGCAUUCCUGUCAAGGCCCUUUGUCCUCCAUACGAGCUGCUAUCAAAAGAACAAAGACAAACUCUCAAAGCGACAAUAGAGACCGAAGACGACCGCAGAUCACCAUCGUCUCAGCAGAGCCUCUGCACCCACCAACCUAUGACCAGGUGAUUAAAGAGAAGACAGAGGAGGAACACACUGUUCGGCCCACUGCGGCCCCCCGCCGGACCACCUGCACCACCAGCGGGACGCAGACCGAACCUGUGAGGGAGGACACUUCCCCGGCAGUCCCACAAUGCACUGCAGCUACAUCUUUAAGUAAAAAACCGCAAAAACCACCAAGGCCUUCUGUACCAAAACCCCCCAACAGAAAACAAGCGAUUAAUUCAGUCGGAAAGGCUUCAGCAGAUGCUACUACAGGACUACCAAACACUGAGAAUGAAAGUGACUCUAAAUGCAAUGUAACACAAAUCGGAAAGGAGGGCUCCACACACACAUGCACCAGAUCUGUCACUGUGUACUGGGACACACCAACAGAUUCACUUCUUUUCACAGUUGCCCCUGCUGAAUCUGCUGCCGCUUCUUUAAAACCAGAAGGCAGUCCACAUCCCGUCCCACGUCCUCGUACAAAACCGCAGAAGCAGAUCAUCAAAGAGGAGGCUGCAGAUCUGGUCAAGCUCAGUGGAAACUGUGACAAUUUUCAGUCUGAUGCACAGGAGGUUUCUUCAAAUAAGUAUUUAGAAGAGUUGCUGGAAGUUUUUGGUGCAGAGAGUGGGUGUGAGGAGAGGAGUGACUUUAUUGAUUCACAGGCCGAGGAUGCUGUCAGCGAAAUGAACAACGGCCACAGUCAGCGCAACAUCAAGGCCAGGAUCCAGGCCUUCGAGAGCCAGGCUGGCACUGAGGAGGAUCACGUGUACGAAGUCAUCAAGCCACAACCGCAGCCUCGGCCCAGGACGGGCAUUAACAAACCGCCAGUGGCCGCCAAGCCCUCCGUAGCUCUCAAGCCUCAGUUGAGCCAAAGCGAAGAUGAUAUCAAUCACAACAAUCAAAACAUACCAAAUGCAGACGCGCCACAGAACUCCACAGCAGUCCCCAGACCUCAGCCCCCAAAGAAACCCGCCGGAUUCUCAAUCAAGGAGGAGCUGGAGACCUUACACAGCAAAGGAGCCCUCCCCAACGGGUCACGUCACCCCGUGCUGACCAGGGCCAACAGGAUCGAUGAGGACGACUCGCAGCCUUUUCAGCCACCGCCUCCAACUAAAGCUGUGAAGGAACCACUGAAGCCGAACCUGAAUAUCAACAACCACAAUUCAGCCUCCACCUUCAGAGGGGUCGAGUACGGGGACAGUCCAAUUCAGGCAUCUUUCCAGCCUCAGCGGAGCGAGGAGAGCAACGGAGCUCCUUUCUCCAGAGAAAGUAUCACUAAAAGGCCGACCACCAUCAGAGUUCCCAGCAGAACUGGUUCUAUAUCAAGUAACGUUCAGGACAAUGCUCCUCCUCUGCCUUCUCAGAGGCCUGUGGGCUCUCUGGUCAACCACAGACAAAGUCUUUCCUUCCAGGACACCUCCUCUCACGCUGGUACACAACCAUCAUUACCACCCCGGAGACACACUGUGAAAAAACCUCCCCCACCUCGUCCGCCGCCAGCCAAAGCAGGUCCUGGGAGACCCCCAGCUCCAAACCUUCAUGCCAUAGGUCGGUCCCAGUCGGCACCAUGGGAGACUUCACCUGCACCUCAGGUGCAGAGGUCCCAUAUGAAAGGACCCGUCUUACCUCCGAGGCCCAACCCAGGACACCGUCUCUACAACAAAUACACCCUUCAGCUUCCCCAUGGGAUCGCAUCCCUUGACUACAAUGGAAGCAAUACAGGAGAACUCUCAUUUCAGAAGAACGAUGUGCUUCUGCUGCUGGAUGAGACUGACCACGAUCACUUUGAAUGCCAAGUUGGAGAAACGAGAGGUAGAGUCCACAAGUCUCGUCUGAAGGUCAUAACUCCACUGGACGUGUCACCAUCGCAGGGUGCCGGUGCGGCUGCUUCAGGUGGAGACGGUUAUGGACUGAAGGUGCAGGCUGUGCAUGACUUCUCUCCUGAGGGUCCUGGAGAGCUGGGUCUCCGGGCAGGAGAUGUUGUGACCAUGGUGGAGCAGGUGGACAGUGAGUGGUACAAAGGCACCUGCAGGGGAUCUGCAGGUUUCUUUCCCAUCAAUUAUGUCAAAGUCUUGUCAAAUUCGCCCAGACCCCUCCCCGAAAGAAAACCAAGACCAUUACCUGCUCCGGUCAGUGGUCCGAGGUGUGUGGCCCGGUUCGACUUUGAGGGGGAGCACAGUGACGAACUGUCGUUCUCUGAGGGGGACGUCAUCCAGCUGAAGGAGUACAUGGGACAGGAGUGGGCUCGGGGACAGAUCGGCGGCACCGUCGGCAUCUUUCCCCUCAACUUUGUGGAGAUUGUUGAAGAUCUGCCUCCAGCCCCGAGUCAGCAGCAGCCUGGCAGGAUAGCACUGCCUGGCAUGGUUGCAGCUACUCCCAGUGCACAGCCUGAGGUCUCCAGGCCUGCUCAGGAGCCUGAAUCCAGCGUGGAGUGGGCCGUGGCUCAGUACGACUACACCGGGAAGUCAGACGGCGACCUGUCCUUCAAAGAGGGUGACUGCAUCCUCAUCACUCAGCACGUCAACGCCGAGUGGAGCUGUGGCAGACUCAACGGCAGGGAGGGCAUGUUCCCCACCAGUUUUGUGAAGACUAAAGCAGCCCAUCAGUUGUCCAAUAACCAGCAGAAUGAAGCCACUCGAGGCGGAAGAGCCAGGGCGCUGUACAGCUACACAUCAGACUGUGAUGAGGAGCUCUCUCUGCAGGUCGGGGAUAUUAUAACCAACCUGGAGUCCGUUGACGAUGAGUGGUAUUUGGGGGAUUUGAGAGGAAAACGGGCCAUGGUCCCUAAAAACUACGUGCAGAUGCUGGUGUAAGACCUUCAGUCCAUCGAGAAUGAAGCCAUUUGGACGACUGGAAUGAAAGAGAUCUGAGGAUAUUUUAAGAAAUACAAUUCAAAUGAAUCCCCCAAACUGGACUGCAGUAUUUUGUCUAACUUUUGUCUUCAGCAGCUUUUACUUUAAAUGAAUUUCUUAGCUAUAUGUAUAUACGAAAAACAAGAAAAAAAAAAUUAAAGAUGGUUGGCAAUGGCA